AUGUCCACAUCGGUCAAAGCCAUUUGCAACGUCACCUUACAUCCCGACUCGUGUUACAACACUCUAUCCCCCUUGGCGGAAAAUGGCAAUUUCAAGCCCCAAGAUUUGUACAAGCUAUCGGUUCAAGUGGCCAUCGACGAGCUCUCGAAAACCUCAAAGAAGUUUUCCGAAAAUGCGGCCAAGAAAUUCAACAUAACGGACAAAACGACGCUGGCCGCAGUCGAAAGUUGUCGAGAACUGUUUUCGCUUGCGUUGGAUCAUCUCAACAGCUCGUUGUCCGUUAAGGACGCGAAAUUAUUCGACGCGUUUGAUGAUUUGAGGAGUUGGCUUAGCUCGGCCGGGACCUAUCAGCAGACGUGCAUAGACGACUUGGAAAGCUCAUCGAGCGGGACGAGUGGCUUCGUGAGCGAUAUUUUCAAGAACUCGACCGAGUACACGAGCAAUAGCUUGGCUAUUAUUAGCUCGUUCGAAGAGUCGAUUGGGGCCUUGGGAGCUAUCGGGAGUAGGCGUCGAUUGAUGGGGCUUGAUGGGCCCGAAUGGAUGUCGCUUAAGGACCGGAAGCUGUUGCAGGUUCCGAAUUCGAAGAUCAAAGCUGAUGCUGUGGUGGCAAAAGAUGGGAGUGGGAAGUAUAGGACAAUAAAGGAUGCAUUGAAAGCUGUGCCUGAGAAGAGUGACAAGAGAUUUGUGAUCUAUGUGAAGAAAGGAGUUUAUUUUGAGAAUGUUAGGGUUGAGAAAACAAUGUGGAAUGUGAUGAUGGUUGGAGAUGGAAAGGAUGCUACCAUUGUUUCAGGCAGACUUAACUUUAUUGAUGGCACUCCCACAUUUCAAUCUGCUACAUUUGCCGUGUUCGGCCAAGGAUUCAUCGGUCGUGACAUGGGCUUCCGCAACACGGCAGGACCGGACAAGCACCAGGCCGUGGCCCUAAUGUCUACGGCCGACCUCUCAGUUUUCUACCGGUGCACAAUGGAUGCGUUCCAAGACACUCUCUACGCACACGCCAACCGACAAUUCUACCGCGACUGCAGCAUAUAUGGAACCGUAGACUUCAUUUUCGGAAACUCGGCCGUUGUCCUCCAAAACUGCAACAUCAUGCCCAAGAAGCCCAUGUUGGGCCAGCAGAACACCAUCACGGCCCAAGGCAAGAUCGACCCGAACCAGAACACGGGGAUCUCGAUCCAAAACUGCACCAUUUGGCCCGCGGCCAAUCUCACGGGCGUCAACACAUUCUUGGGCCGGCCCUGGAAGAACUAUUCGACCACGGUGUUUUUCAACAGCGUGAUGGGCGCGUUCAUUGACCCGAAAGGUUGGCUCCCGUGGGUCGGGACAUCGGCCCCGAACACGAUUUUUUAUGCAGAGUUCCAAAAUGUGGGCCUAGGGGCAGGGACCAGGAACAGGGUCAGCUGGAGGGGUUUGAAGCUCAAACUAAGUGCUAGCCAAGUUAGGAAGUUUACUGUUGGGCCUUUCAUUCAAGGGGACAAGUGGAUUAAGCAAACAGGUGUUCCAUAUAAAUCAGGCCUUUGA